GAUAAAUGCUUUAAACGUGUAGAUAAAAUUAAAAUCGCUUAUUUGGUCUGUGAAUCUUGGUGUUGAUUAUAAUUUUUCUAUUAAUAUAUUAUUCUCAACUUAUAUGAAUUGCGCGCCGACAAUUCAGUCUUGAAAUACAGUUAUUCAGCUACGCACUAAUGCUCAAAAGCAUCUAAAAUUUCCCCUUUAAUCCGCAAAAAACUAUAAAUAAUUCAUUGUGGAAAAUAAUACCUCAGCCAGAAUAUAUCUUCUUUAUAUUCUUUUUUUGAUGACUAAGGAGAUCAAUUUAGUCAAUGUAAUUGUGAGAAAAUAUCACUUAAUAUUACAGAGUAAUAAGAUUCACUUAUCGACACUAAAAGUUGCCAGUGCGAAUUUUAUUAGUGUUUUGCAGUCUCACCCAUUCACCCGUUAAUUGGCACUAUCAAUGUAGGUACAGUCCUCUCAACAAUUCUGCUGUAUCAUGACUACUAUAGUAGGUGAUACGAUGUCAAGGCAACCUCGAUUAAUUCGUUCAAGCGUCAGUUAUCGUCCGAGAGAAGCAACAUGACCGUCGUGCUCGUAUCUCUGAUUCUCGGAGCGCUUAUAGCCCUUUACUUUUAUCUGACGCGAAAUUACAAGUACUGGCAAAAACGUAGAAUUCCGUGCGCAAAUGGAGUCCUACCGGGAUUCGGUCACAUGUUCUCGGUUUUCUGUAUGAAGACAGACUUUGUCAACUUUAUUUGCAAAAUUUAUAAAGAUAACAAGGGACACAGCAUGGUCGGAAUCUACGAUUUCAUGUCGCCGUUGUUGAUGAUUCGAGAGCCGGAGUUAGUAAAAACGGUGCUGCAAACCGAUUUCUCGAGUUUUUCUGAGAACGCCAUCCCUAUUGAUCCUGAAUUGGAUCCGCUCACAGCAACCAAUCCCUUCGUCCUUUCCGGUGAGAAGUGGCUAAACAGCAGAAAAAGAUUGAGUUACGCAUUCUCCAGCAUGCGACUAAAGAUUCUGCUCAAAAGCGUUAAUCAAGUGUGUAUGGCGUUCGAGAAUUAUAUCGAUAAAAAGCUAAGCAAUGUCGAAAAGGUGGAAUUCGAAUUAAAGAACCUGUUCUCUAAGUAUACAGCACAAGUGGUAGCAGGCGCUGGUUUUGGCAUAGAUGGAUAUUGUUUCGAUGACGAGAAAAAGGAUAUAUCGUUCACAAAAAUUGGAAAAGACAUUUUCGAACCGACCUUGCGAAAUAAACUAGCAUUUACCCUUAUGUUCUUCAUUCCAUCAUUGAACAAAAUCUUUAAGAUUAGCAUAGUUCCGAAACAUAUCGAUCAUUUCUUCAGAACGUUAGUUGCAGAUUUAAUGGAACAAAGAAGACGGGAAAAAAUACCUAGGAACGAUUUUCUCCAUUUGAUGGUCGAAUUAGAACGAGCAGAGGGCGAUAAAUUUGACACUGAAACAAUCGCAGGACAUGCAUUGUCGUUCUACGUUGACGGCACGGAAUCUUCCGGCAGUACAAUGAGCUUCAUCUGUUUCUAUUUGGCCAGCAACCGAGAAGUACAGGAGAAAUUACGCGAAGAGGUGCUGUCUGUGCUUAGAAGAUACAACGGUGAGAUUACUUACGAAGGAUUGAAGGAAAUGACAUAUAUGGAUCAGGUCUUUAACGAGUCGCUAAGGCUGCUACCCACAGCAACUUUCUUAAAGAAACGAUGUACAGAAGAAUUCGAACUUAAAGGAUCUGAUGGAAUUGUCUGCCGCGUUCAACCUGGAACGGAAAUUCUGAUACCGGUUCAAGCUUUGCACAAAGAUCCUCAAUACUGGGAUCAUCCCGAGGAAUACGACCCUGAAAGAUUUAACCCGGAAAGAAAACACAGCAACGAAAGAUUUGCCUAUCUGCCCUUCGGCGAAGGCCCGCGAAUCUGCGUGGGUAUGAGAAUGGCACAGCUGCAGAUAAAAGCAGGUCUGGCUAUAAUUUUGAGAAAAUACAGGAUGGACCUAUCCCCAAGAACACAAGUACCUUUAAAGAUGAUUCCUAGUACUUUUUUACCAACGCCGAAAGGCGGAUUAUGGGUUUAUUUUCGACAACUAUAAGUACAAAUAUCUUUCUUGAAACUUCUUUAAAACUCUCGGCAUUGCGAAUAAUGUCUUAUAUCAAAAAAAUUGUAACACAUUUUUACAUAAAAAUAUAACUUUCUUCGAAUUUAAUCAAUCUUAAUUAAUAUACAAAAGUUGUAGUAAUUGAAAUGUAA